UAGCUUUAUUGCAGUUAUUGUUUGGGAAAAUGAUGACACCAAACUGUCUGCAUUCAAACCAGUACAUGAAUGAAAAGGCUUGGUUAAAAAUGGCAUUAGAGGAGUUAUUUAAAAUCCCCAUUGGGGAACAAGGGUCAAUUGUGCUGCCACAACCCCUGGAGCCGGCAGCAAAGGACUUUGGGAGCUGACCACUGAUUGGUCAGUCAGACAGAAAAGGGCGGUCCGAAUGAAUUAGUGAUAGACGCUAAAGGCAGACAUCCUGCAGUGAUCAAACCCUGGGUGAUCUGACAGUCCACCGUUUGAAGUGAUUAUCAUGCUAUGCAACAAAAAGGCUUACCCCCAGUUUUGGGCCUAAUUAGCUUACUUAGGGCCCUUUAAAAGACAUUGGUAGGGGACUGGAAAGUACAGACACUUACUGAGAAGUCAGCAGAGCAACAGGAUACCAGCUGCAGCAGACCUGGAUCUCUAAAGUUGACCUGUUGCUAUACCAAAACAAACCAAUCUGAAGAUUAUAUGCGUUUCUGAGAAUGCCACACUUAACCGACUGCAGUUACUACACGAUGCGGGACGCAACCAGAGCUUCAAAUGUACACAGCCACCUGGAGAACUCCAAGUUCCACCUCCACCAGACCCAGAACCAGCAGGUCAAGCAGUAUCUGACACUGGGCACAAAGCUGGCCUCUUCGGCCGGGCAGGGCCACUCUGUUUCGCAUCCACAUACCCCCGGUCAGCCGCUGGCCACCUUGCCAAUCAUGAGGAAUGGACACAUGCCAUCUGUCAGCGACGGCAGCAACCCCAACAGCCCUGUUACCCUGCUCACUAUGGCCAACCACGACAGCGAGUUUCCAAUGGAUGAAGUUAUUGAUGACCUAAUUAGUCUUGAAUCCGGUUUCAAUGAUGGAGGCUUGGAUUGCAUGGACUCUAACAUCCUAAUGCAAAACAAUGUGUCCCUCAGUGGCAGCAUGCUGGACGUCUAUGGGGGUGAACAAGGUAUGAACGCCCCUAAUGGUGGAAUGAGCCCCACAUCUAACCCCACAAAGCUCACUGUUAAAAGGGAAUACACAGAACUCGACACAAGAGUGAUGGCCAAAGAGAGGCAGAAAAAAGACAACCAUAACUUGAUUGAAAGAAGACGAAGAUACAACAUCAACUACAGGAUUAAAGAGCUGGGGACACUCAUACCAAAGUCAAAUGACCCCGACAUGCGCUGGAACAAAGGCACUAUCCUGAAGGCCUCUGUGGAGUACAUAAAGUGGCUGCAGAAGGAGCAGCAGCACGCUCGGGAGCUGGAGAGCCGUCAGAAGAAGCUGGAGCAAGCGAACAGGAGGCUUCUGCUGAGGAUCCAGGAGCUUGAGAUCCAGGCACGAGCACAUGGCCUCCCAAACAUGGCUACGGCCUUGGGGACAGUUGAACUAUCCUCCCAUCUCCUCAAACAACAGCAACAGCAACAGCAACAACAACAACAACAACAGCAACAACAACAACAACAGCAGCACCAGCAACAGCUGUCGUCUCCCCAGGCCCAGCAACCCCAGCAGCCGCCUCUCUACCAGGAGGACCCCAACAGCGACUACCUCCAGAGGAUAGUGGUGGCUGGAGUGCCAUCCAUCCCCACUGCCAGCGGGCCGCAGGAUCACAUCCCCGACGCCGACGGUUGCACCACGUUCUCCGACCCACUGUCCCACUUCACAGACUUCUUCAGUGCUACGCUCAAGGAGGAGCAUCGGCUUGAUGAGAUCCUGAUGGAUGACCCGCUCUCGCCCUUUGGCACUGACCCGCUCCUCUCAGCAGGUUCACCUGGUGCUGCGUCGAAGGACAGCAGCCGCAGGAGCAGCUUCAGCUCGGCCGAGGGUGAUGAUCUAUGAGGGUGCCCCUCUUCAGUUACACACUCUUGUUAUCUCCUCGUGACAACGAGAUUGUAAUCCCCAGUGGUAAAGGGCAUACACAGAGCCUUUAAUAGACUGACUGAUGGCUCUGGGCAUACAAUAAUGACCACUCACAGGGUUGCAAGUAAUCUAAAUGACAGCUAACACACCUGGCAGUGCCCCUCAAAGUGCCAUCUGUACAUAAAGUGUGUAGUAGUUGAUCAGGUGGGUGUUAGAGCUCCACGGGACUAGGAACAGCUCGAGGACCUCCUGCUCCUCCACGUGCUCUUUUUAACAUCACUAUAGACAAUCAAUAUAUUUCUCUGCCUCCCAGACAGAGCAGAAACAGACUCACAAAAAAAGGGAGACAUUUAUCGGCCUUCAAGUACAUAAUGUAAAUAAUGUCUUCUGUUUGUUUGUUUUUCGUUUUUUUGGUAAACACUGUGGUAGCUGUACACUGUAACAUAUGCAAAAUAAUCACUGUCAGAACUGUCCUUCCUUAAAUGACAAUACUACUGAUUCACAGAAGGAUUUUUUUAAUAGUUGCAGUCGGGAUUGUGAUCAUUUGAUGUGCCUUAUUCGAACCCCCGGUUUUGUCUUAAAAAAAACACGUAACUGAUGUACUCACCGCAAUGCCUACCUUAAGUGUUUCUGUUAAAUAAGUGUUUGUGUAUUUAUAUAUGUUUUAAUCCAUGUAUUCAUAAAAAAGAUAUAUAUUAUUAUCUAACAUGUUACCUUUUUUUAUUCUUAGUAGGGGUGGGGAAAAUAUAAUAAACCCCUUUUUUGAUAUACCUGA